CGUGGUGUUAGUGAUAUCAACAUUGAAUAUAUGGAGUGUAGAAUUGUUGCUCGUAUUUCAGCUCCUGCUACGCUUCGUGUGGAGAGCGUAGGACGUUGGUUUGAGGAGAUCAGACGAGGAGAAAUUCACUCAGGUGUGAAUUCAGAGAAGAAGAAGAGAGAAAAGUUAGAAGAUGGAGGAGAAAGCGAGCCUGAAAAUGAUCCUUUGUAUUAUCUAACAUUAGAUCCUAAAGAAUGGAAGAGCCAAGAUCACUAUGCUGUGUUGGGCCUUGAAAAGGUGCGUUUCAAUGCAGCAGACGAUGACAUCAAGAAAGCCUAUAAAAAGAAAGUUCUAAAGCAUCAUCCGGACAAAAAAGGAGCAUCAGCAGAGAGACAAGAAGAUGACAUCUUUACGUGUAUUAAAAGAGCAUAUGAAGUUCUUGGAGAUCCGGUGAGACGACGAGCAUAUGACAGCAUCGACUCACACAAUGAUGACACAAUACCGUCUGUCAACAGUCAGUCAAAGGAAACGUUUUUCGAAGUCUUCACUUCAGUCUUUCAAAACAAUGCCAGAUGGUCAAGAGCUCAACCAGUACCAUCCCUUGGCACACACACAUCAACUGUUGAUGAAGUCAACGCUUUUUAUUCGUUUUGGUAUGCAUUUGAUUCUUGGAGAGAAUUCUCGUAUCUUGACGAGGAAGACACAGAGAAAGCAGAAAGUCGUGAUGAACGAAGAUGGAUGGAGAAGCAAAACAAAAUCGUGAGACAGGAAAGACGACGAGAAGAAGUGGCGAGGAUUAGGCAGCUAGUUGAUAAUUCGUAUGCAUGUGAUCCUCGGAUUAAACGUUUUAAAGAAGAAGAAAAGCAAAGGAAACUUGCAGAGAAGAAAGCAAAACAAGAUGCGGCCAGAGCUGUAGCAGAACAAAAAGAGAAGGCAGCUCAAGAAGCAGAAGCAGCCGAGCAGAAACUAAGAGAGGAGGCAGAGAGAAAGGCAAGAGAAGAGACUGCAGCAGCAAAGAAGGAACGAGAGAGUAAGAAGAAAGAGCUGAGAAAAGAAAGGAAGAAUUUUCGUACUGUUUGUCAAAAACAGAAUAACUUUUCUGAGAAUGAGAGCGAGAUACCUCAAAGAGCAGAACAGAUAGAAGUGUUAUGUCAAGUUCUUUCUAUUGAUCGACUACAAGCUCUACGUUUGCAGAUUGAGAAGGGUUCUAGUGACGAGGCAAAGAAGGCUUUCUUGCAUGAGAUGGACAAGGUGAAAGAGGAGGAGAGGCUACAAAGAGAAAGUGCAAGCAAAAGAGAGCCUCAACAAACAGCAAAACAACCACACAGUAAAACUCGAUGGAAUGAGGAAGAAUUGAAAUUAUUAGUCAAAGCAGUUCAGCGAUAUCCUGCAGGAACAAUCAAUCGAUGGGAACAGAUUGCAUCGUUUAUCACAGCUCACGUGCCUUCAUCUACAAAGACACCAGAGGAGAUCAUCAGCCAAGUGAAACGGCAACAAUCUCUCGACGAUUCAUUGAAAUUAGAAGCAAACAGGACAGCCUUUUCCAAGUUUGAUCAAGAGCACAUUUCGAGAGUUUCGUCUGCUGCUGUCAGUCAGGAGCCAACACAAAGGUACGAUGGGCGAUGGAGUGCUGAAGAGCAGAGGUGGCUGGAGGAGGCUCUGCGUACUGUUCCUACAUCAGCUGCUGAUCGGUGGGACAGAAUAGCAAGUCAUGUGGGAAGAAGCAAGAAGGAAUGCAUGAAACGAUGCAAAGAACUGGUGAAGAUGGUUCAAGCAAAGAAAGGAGAAAAGUCGAGUUAGAUCAUUGGUUUCUUGCUCGUUUAAUUAAUACUUAGAAUGGAAAAGCAGAAAUCUGACAACAUGAAAUGUCACAAUACAUGGACUACAGUCAAUAAAGUAGUUGUAGCAACUAAGA